AUGGGGUCCACAACAAGAAAUGAAAAGGAAGUGAUAUUCAUGGAAGAUUUCGAAAGAACAACGGAGCUCAAAGCUUUUGAUGACACGAGACAAGGUGUGAAAGGACUUGUUGAUGCAGGAAUUACCAAGAUCCCUCGCAUAUUCUGUUACCACCCCCCUGAUAAUUUCACGAGGGUCUCAGAUUUAUGCCACAAAGAUUACAUUAUUCCAGUUGUAGACCUUGGCAACAUUGAUGAAGAUCCUAGUGAGCGCAAAAGGAUUGUUGAGAGAGUGAAAGAAGCAGCAGAGACAUGGGGUUUCUUUCAGAUUGUGAAUCAUGGUAUCCCAGAUUGUACUCUGAAGGAGAUGUUAGAUGGGGUGGUAAGGUUUUUUGAGCAAGAUAGUGAGGUCAAGAAGGAAUUUUAUACUCGUGAUAAGAAACCCUUUAUGUAUAAUAGCAAUUUUAAUUUAUACAGCAACGCUCGAACUACUUGGAAGGACAGUUUUUUCUGCGACCUGGCUCCUAAUGUCCCUAAACCAGAAGACUUGCCAUCUGUGUGCAGAGAUAUACUGCUGGAUUACUCAAAUCAAGUAAUGAAACUGGGGACUUUAUUGUUGGAGUUGUUAUCAGAAGCUCUAGGACUGAAUUCAACCUACUUAAGAGAUAUCGAUUGCAAUGUUGGACAAUAUGCUUUCGGCCAUUACUAUCCUUCUUGUCCUGAACCAGAAUUAACUUUGGGAACCAUAAAGCAUGCUGAUGUGGAUUUCAUCACAGUUCUUCUACAAGACCAUAUUGGUGGCCUCCAAGUUCUUCAUCAGGACACGUGGAUUGAUGUACCCCCUGUGCCCGGUGCUCUAGUUGUUAACAUUGGUGAUUUUCUACAGAUUAUCUCCAAUGAGAAAUUCAAGAGUUCUCAUCACAGAGUGCUAGCAAAUACUGUUGGUCCAAGAGUCUCUAUUGCAUGCUUUUUUAGCACAGCAUUUCAUCCAUCUUCAAGGACUUAUGGACCCAUCAUGGAACUUUUAUCUGAAGACAAUCCUGCAAAAUAUAGAGAGUUUUCGAUUCCUGAAUUCACACAUCACUACAAAACAAAAUGUAUGAAUGCCAAAUCAGCUCGUUCAUGCAUUGAGAGUCUGAGCAUUGAUUUGAUUUGGAAGAGAAAGAUGAAGGAUUUCUGUGGGGCACCUGGCACUAUUCUUGGGCUGGUUCUUAGGACGACACAGUUCCUUUUUGCUGCUGGGUCAAUUGCUUCCAUGGCCACCACAACCAGUUUCUUUAAUUUGACUGCCUUUUGUUACUUGAUAGCUUCAAUGGGUUUACAAAUCAUUUGGAGUUUUUUGCUUGCUUUACUGGAUUUACUUGCUAUGAUGAGAAAUCGAACCCUCCUCACCCCAGUACUUGUCAGCCUCUUUGUAGUUGGAGAUUGGGUAACAGCAACACUAUCUCUAGCAGCAGCUUCUGCCUCAGCUGGCAUAACAGUUUUGUACUUUCAUGAUCUGGGACACUGCCACAUUGGAGACGAGUGCCUGAAGUACCAAAUUUCUGUGGCACUAGCAUUCCUAAGCUGGUUUUCAACUUCAAUAUCAUCUCUAAUUAUGUUUUGGCUGUUAGCUGAGGGUUAG